AUUUCAUUGAUGAAAUACUUGGAAUUGUAACAAUGACGGGUGGCAACGUUAUGUUCUAUUAAGGAUAAAUUUCAGUUAAAAAUGUGUUCAUAAAAUAAUUCAUGCAUAUAACGUUCAUGAUUCCUUACCCUGAUUUAUACCACACGUCGAUAAAUAACCUCGUCGGAAUAGACUAAUUGGUCUUAUGACACCCAUAUAUUAAAUGGCCAAUAGCUACAGUACUAUAUAAGUCGGGGGUUUCAAUAUUGACGUGAAAGCAACCCAUUGUGAAAUCUAUGACUCGAGUGAAAAUAUCAGAUGAAUGAAGUAGUUCAAUGACUACCCAAACUGUAAUUUGCAUAAAUUGCUUUGACUUCCUAAGUAAAUGUGGCCUAUUGUACUCGUACUCAUCACGUCAACGCAUGGCGACAUUAUCCAAAGUAUUGAGAGUUAAAACGACUACUAAAUAUAUCAAUUAUUUAUUUCAUAAUGGAGAUCAUGAUGCGAUUGAUGUCCAACGUUCCAAAAAAAGCUAAUAAAUAUGCUUCGUAAACUUUUAGUUAGGUAUGUAAACAUUUUUGUUCCACGAGAGGUGACCUUACAUACAUGCAAACUUAUUACUGUAUGAUCUCAAAAUUCGGGAAUGGUUUGCCGGCUCAGUUUAUCCAUCAUAUUUUCAACCAUUGUGUUGGUAUAUUUUGGUAUUUACUCCCAUAAACGACCCACUCAGAGCAAACUGCAAGGAAGGAUUUUAAAAUACACGUUUGAAGUCGAUUACAUGACCGGAUCCCCAGACGGCGUUGAAAAUAAAGGGAUUUUAUCAGUAAACGGAAUGUUCCCAGGACCCACGAUUGAAGGCGAAGUUGGAGACGUUUUACAAAUUCUGGUAAAAAAUAGGAUAAGUGACGGACAAAAUACGAGCAUUCAUUGGCAUGGGAUUGAACAACGGGGCACCCCAUUUCAAGAUGGAACAGACAUGAUUACCCAAUGGCCCAUCAGGUCUGGGGAGUCUCGACUGUACGAGCUCAAAUUGGAACAGUGGGGAACAUUUUGGUACCACAGCCAUUCCGGUUCACAAUACACGGAAGGUCUUUUUGGCCCUUUAAUCAUUCGAAAUCGUACCGCCACCUAUCCUGAAAUAUUUAUCACACUAAGCGACUACUACCACUCGAGGGCGCACCAAAACGUGGCGUGGUAUUUUUCAAAGGAAAACGUCGGGGGAGAAACGCCUUAUCCAGACGCUGUCCUUCUAAAUGGGAAAGGUCGCUAUCCCUGCGACUUUGCCGCCCAACAAAACCUCACCUGCUUAGCGGAACGCCAAACACGUGACGUUUUCCACGUCUCGCAAGGAACGAUUCUUCUCCGCUUAAUUAAUGCAAGUAGUCGGACGACGUUUAACUUUUCGAUAGAUCAUCACACCCUGACCACCGUGGAAGCUGACGGGAUUGAUGUUAGCCCGGUGGAAGUAGAUCUCGCCCAAAUUGGGCCGGGACAAAGAUAUUCGUUCUUAAUUUCGAGGUCGGAUAUUACCCUGGAAUCAUUUCUUAUUCGUGCGGAUGCUAUUCUUUAUCCGAGUCCUGGCCUCGGAUCGGUUCAGUUAAGAUGUCAGAACUGCACAUUCCCGACUGUGACGGCAGUUUUGCAGUAUGGAAAAAAUACGAUUAAUAAGAUUAACAAAUUUGUUGCAUCGUCGGUAGAAGUAUUCAAUUAUUCGGAGAUAUUGCCAGUUCCAAUGGAAGGACAGCGGUAUCUGAAUGAGUCAUCGUUACUCCCGUUCGACCGCGUUCCCCCAGCGAACGAGGCCGAUCAAGUAAUUAUUCUUAAUGCGAGGUUGGAUUACAAUGUGCAUGGCAGAGUUGGUUUCACUUUUAAUGACACGUCGUUCUUGGUGGAAUCCUUGUCUGAACCACCACUUUACACAGUUGUGAAAGGAGGAUUUUUAAAUGAAUCCCUCCCAUUCGUGAAGAUUCAGUAUAAUUCAGUCAUUAAGCUGGUAAUUAAUAAUUAUCAUGAUCCACACCCCUUCCACUUACACGGACAUAGCUUUUGGAUCGUGGGAAAAUUUCCGAUGCGAAGGGACGCCAGUGGUGAACCGAUUGGAUAUGAUGAGAAGGAGGAUGGACACAAAGCAAAUUAUGAGAAUAGUUGCAAAAGAGAUACUGUCCUUGUUCCGGUGGAUCAUGUGCUUAUCAUCGUGUUUAUAGCGGAUAAUCCUGGAGUGUGGUUAUUUCAUUGCCAUAUUGAUUGGCAUAGCUUUGGUGGGAUGGCAUUUAUUUUUAAUGAGGCGCCAGAUAUCGUACGCGAGAAUUUUGUGUUAUCUGAUGAACAGAAAUUUAGAAGUUGAGAAUAGGAUAGAAUUAAGGGACAUAAUUUUUUACUUAUACUUUUACUUAUCAUAGACAAUAUCAUUCUACAAUUAUACAAUUAUAAUUAUAAAUCGUACCUUGCUUAGCAAAUGCACUUCAUCUGCACAUAUCAUGUCGGUCGACCCACGUUUGACUUCGUUGUUGUAAAUCAAUCAUGUUUUCCAUCAAAGUUUUGUCUCAUAAAGUCAAAAGUAUGGCCUCAUAUUUAAUACUUGAUGAAUUAAUAAAUCCUGUGGUAUAUCUGA